GGUGGGGCCAGGCCCUCGGGCGCAGUAAUUGAGCGAGACUGUCUCUCUCUCCGUGCUGGAGAAACAGGCCUCAGGCAGACUGCGGCCACUCAUGACCUCUCUCUCUGUCUCCCCCUCCCCCUCUGUGCAGGCAAGGUGCACGGGUCUCUGGCCAGAGCCGGAAAGGUCAGAGGGCAAACUCCCAAGGUGGACAAGCAGGAGAAGAAGAAGAAGAAGACUGGCCGUGCCAAGCGCAGGAUGCAGUACAACCGGCGCUUCGUCAACGUGGUGCAGACCUUCGGCAAGAAGAAGGGCCCCAACGCCAACUCUUAGCUUCUGUACCCCACUGCACCCCAAUAAAGAUCCUGUUCCAACAUU